AGUCCGGUCUACGAAUCCGGAACCACGUGAUGUACCGUGUAUAUAAACCGGAGCGAGCCGGGUCGGCCCAACCACACUUAUCUCAUCACCUGGCUUAUCAUCUACACACUUGGAAAAUUACAGAUUGGACCAACAUGCGAGGACUGUUAGGCAGUGUUCUUCUGUCACUGCUAGUUAGCCUGUCUGCGGCCCAGACCGAGAAACAAUCCAUCCAGCAAGAUGGGAGUCUGGCCCUGGCAGCACUCAUUAUUGGAAUCAUUGCAUGCGUGGGAAUACUCUUCCUCGGAUCGGCUCUCGCUUGCUACAUGAGAAGAAUACAGCAUGGCGGAUAUGGACAACACAGCAACUACGGAAACUCCGUCUCAGAUCGAAUAGAUUUGAUGGAGAAGAAUCCCCUGCCUGCAGCCGAGGCUCACGAACAAUCAGUAAUUCCGUGUGAGGAAGCCAACUGGUGUCUUGGUGUAGGAACCCUACGUCAGAUAUCGCUGUCCCUCCUCCACGACAUGCUGCUCAACCUGUACAACAUCCACAUCAAACUCGAGUGCCGAACGACACAGAAGUUCCAGUCUGACCGCGAACUGGCCAUGACCACGGCCGCCGACAAUGAGACAGUCAGCAAACAACUUGGACAGACGCUUCAACUCAUCUUCCCCAACGACUCUUCUAAAGCGGAAACCUUUCAGGCUAUAGGCGAGAAGAUCCUCAAGGAUAACACAGUGAGGCAACUCCUGGACUCCACCUUCAGAAUCUGCCGCGUCUGCAUGGGCAUCGUCCGGGAGUGGGAGGCCGAGAGGGAGCCUUUUGUUGGCGUCCUGCCGACGGAAGGAGCAGGCUACAUAAACUUCAGCGUCGUCGAUGACGUCAACAAGGUCAAGCUUACAUGGGACGAGCACAAGUUUGAGAAAGACUUCAUGAAUACAAUGUGCAGGCUGGCUCAAGCGUUGCGAGAUGAACGUCGCCAACCCACCCCGGUGGAGUACCUUGCCUUCCAGUUGGCCUACCAUUGUCUGGCUAAAGGAAAACAGGUCACCCUAAAGCCGCACAGGUCACUUGGCUCGCCAGGCUUCCGUCCCCACACACAGACAUACAUGUCACUCACCGACCCCGGCGAAGGCCAUGUGUUGGGCACCACCCGCUUCAACGAGUGGAUGCAGGGCGCUAUCAUCCACGUGGAACACCUCGAGAGACCGAAACAUCUCCCAAGGAAGAAUAUCGAGUCGUACAGAAUAUCGUCUCUCUUCAACUUCUCCAAAGUGCGUCUGCACGUUGGCCAGGCUGCUCCCACCACCUACUUCGUCGGCAGAGCCAUGAAAGACUCUUCAUCAGGCAAGUUUGAAGAGGAUUUCCUUAAAGUGGUUCACAUGACGUCCGCUACCAUAUCUGCCGCCUUCUACCAAGGCGGAGCCGAGUGCAAGGUGGCCAUGGAAGGACUGACAACAAGCCAGGCCCUGCGAUACAUGAGAGCUCUGAAGGCCCAGGUCAACCGGGAUCGCUUCAACCAAUAUCUGUCAGCUGCAUGGAAUCUGAACCAGGUCAUCGUGGACGACUAUGAACGGGAAGAAGCGAUUGAACUCAAGACCAGGAAAGAAAUUGCCCUGAGAGCUAUUGAGAUUACUUCACUUGGGGGCUUUGAUAAGGUAACGCUGGACGGGGCAAGUGACACCUACCCAUCCAAAUGUAUCAUGUACCAGAUGGGAUUUGAAGAGGCUCUCGCCUUCAACCAUGAGGCUCACAUGCGAGGUCUGGUCACAUACUUCUCCGCCGGCUUCAAGUUCGACGAAAUCAAACACGCCGUGUUUGCCGGAGUGGACGGUAUCGGCAUCGGGGGAGCUCAGGUGUUGAGGUACAUGGACAGUGACAGCGGCAUGCACGGGCCUUACACGGAGGAGAACAUCCCGCGCAUCCUGCAGAGCAGAGACGAUGCUGCCAAGUCUGUCCGCGGAAGAGGAGUGCACCUCCUGGUCAGACUGGACACCAUGUUCUUCGAGGGAACAAUAUCUAGUGUGGAGAACGGCAUGAGGGAGCAGCUAUUCAAUGCUCUGCUCCAGCAGAGAGAAGAGGAAAUCAAAUCUGUGGUUACAAAGCUGGACUAUAUCAUGAACAUCCCAUGUGAAUUUGGUCUCCCACUUGCCGGGCAAGCUAAACGGCUGACUGUGGCUGAGACCCCACUCCUCAAAGAAUGCGCAGAGUCAACGUACGAGUGGGCCUUGUUCAUCUCCAGACUGCGGACGCAGGUCGGAAAGAUGGAUGAGGCUGCUCUGGUGGAGGAGUAUGACGGGGAGCCGUGGCACACAUACAGAAAGAAGUACAGAGACAAUCUUCAGAGGGAGCUUCUGAGGGGUUAUACCAGGCAGGUGUCGUUCCAAGUGCAGUACAAGACGACAAUGUGAAGUACUACGCGUUCAAAGCGUGACCUGUGAUCUCCAAUGUUCAUGUCCUAGAGACAAGACAGCAACGAAGCAGUGAUGAGUCCUCUGUAACCUAACGCCUUGAUGGCUCAUAUCCAAAGGCUGCCACUGUCAUCUGUCACAUACUUUCUCAGCAAAUCUCAAAUAUUUCACUCAGGGUGAACAAAGCAUGUUUGACGACACAUGUUCUACGAUACAGUAUAGGCGUGGACAGGUCUCGUUCUGCGUUCUGGAUACACAAAGCAUCCUCAAGGACAACCGUUUUAAGCAUGAUCAAAACUAAGGAUGUGUUUUGCAAGGGAUCAGACAGUGAUCAUUCUGAAUCGUAACAUACUACUUCUUAUAUUGAUUCUAAAUUUGCACAAAUCUAAAAGGCAUUUGCAAUGAGAAUAAUGUAUCGUACCUCAAGUUCAAAAGAAGUUUUGAUAAUCACUAAUGUUUCCCACAAAACACAGCUGAGAACCAUGUUUAAACGUGAGAAAAAAUAAUGACGCUCUCCUAACGUAUUUCAUACUUCGGAUGACCCCCUCCUCAUGAUCUUGUACAUUUCUCUCAUGCCCCUCCUUGAAAAGACAAAAUGCAAAGGCACUUUAUACUUUAUUAUACACUGUCCAUUUGAACAUGACCCUCCUUGAAUAUGUGUAUCAACUUUUAUGACCCUCCCCUAGAGACUGUCACAUUUUUGGUGACCGUUCCUGAUCUCUCCCCUCCCCCCCCC